UGUAUUAGAGGAAGCAGUAUCUCUCCUGGAUGUCCUAACAACGUAGUUCUAAAUGAAAAACAACCAGGUCUGAAACUGAAGCAGCUGGGUAUUAGGCAAGGAAUUACUGGACACACUGGAGGUGGUCACACACAGGGAAUAUAUGGCUGCUUCAUCGAUGGUACUGCUAUGAACGCUCUCUAACUGCCUAGAGGAGAAAACUUACAAUGGAUUUGCGAAACGUUCCCUAUCGUUCAGACGUGGUUACAUGGAACCCAGAUGACUUAGCAGAAUAUUUUAGGAUGUUAAAGUAUAAGGACUGUGAGAAAGUUGUGAGAAAGCACAGCAUAAAUGGACAAAGAUUUUUGAACAUGUCUGAAAAUGAUAUUCAGAAAUUUCCCAAACUCAGAGUACCAAUUGUAAGUAAAUUAAGUCAAGAAAUAAACAGAAAUGAAGGGAGGCUAUCUUUCUUUCCAAAAUGGGCCCAAACACAAAAAUGUCCUGAAAAUCCAGGAUACAGUCAAGAAGAUGGUGGCUGGUCUUCAUUUGAUGAAGAUGAUGACUAUGAAAGCCCUGAUGAUGACCAGGAAAAGGAAGAUGAGGCUGACUAUGAAUCACCAACAGAUGAACCUGAGGAAGCAGAACAUGACAGUGAUGGCUAUGAGCCACCUCCAUCCAAUAAUGAUGAAGCACACCACAAUGUCAUAUUUCCUGCCAAGACACUUGCAAACAACACAGAUUAUAUAGACAGACCUCCAACAACUAGAUCAUCACAUCAGCCUCCAGUACCGCCCCAGCGACCUGGCUCAUCCCCAGUACCAGCUUCAUUUGGGGGAAGAGGUGCUUCUCUGCCAGCUUUUCCUCCACCAUCAAACAACAAUGACUUGAGUAGAGACAGGAAUAUCAAGCCUUUGAAACCCCCAGCUCCUUCUAUAGACAGAAGUACAAAACCCCCACUGGAUCGCCUUGCUCCGCCAUUUGAAAGAGAAAGCCCAGCAUCAGGGAGGAAGCCAGGCUUUCCUGAAAAGCCUCUGACUUCACAGCUAAGAUCCCUUGGGGAACAGCUAGCAAUGAUGCCAAAACCUCCUGUCCCACCAAGUGACAGAUAUGAAAGAGGCAAUCCAUCUCCUCUAAGGAAGCAAACCCCUGUAAAGCAGGGUUGGCCACCACACAAAAAAAAUGGAGAAGAAGAAGAAACUGCACCCCAAAGACCAGUGCCACAACUAUCUUUGCCUCCAUACAGCUCCAAUACAUUCCCAUCCAAAUCUAUCAAGCCCCCACCUAAGCCAGGAUCCAACAGUAUGCCUGGUGCAGAAAGUGCUAGAAACCUGUCUUCAAGUGGCUCACUACCACCACGCUUACAUCUAGGAAACAACAGCAGAUCCCCUUCAAGAGGCGCAGCUGACAUCAGACCUCCAUUGCCAAUUCCUAGCAGACAGACUGCUCACCAAACAAACAUGGAGGAAGAUGAGGACUCACUGAAUGAUGAAUGGUAUGUUGCUUAUGUUAGCCGGCCAGAAGCAGAAGCAGCUCUUCGAAAAAUAAACAAGGAUGGAACAUUCUUGGUGAGAGACAGCUCAAGAAAAACUGCUACUCAUCCAUAUGUACUGAUGGUGUUAUACAGAGAUAAAGUAUACAACAUCCAGAUUCGUUACCAGGAGCAAAAUCACAUCUAUUUGCUAGGAACUGGUUUAAAAGGAAAAGAGGACUUUUCUUCUGUAGCAGAUAUCAUCGAUUACUUUCAAAGAACACCUCUUCUUCUGAUUGAUGGAAAAGACAGAGGUUCAAGAAACCAGUGCAUGUUAAAAUACGCUGCAGGACAUAUUUAAAAGAUACCUUAAUGAAGAGCACAUGCAGUAUUGAAGCCUACUGAAGUUUGUAAACUUCAGGAUAUUUCCUUUUUCAGCAAACUAAAAUAAAGAAUUAAAAAUCCUUUAAAUUUAAGGGAAAAGGACAAUGUUCUUUUAAAAUUAUGCUUUAAAUGCAGUACUCUAUAAAUCUGGUUUUCCUACGAUGUGUUUAUUACUGUCCACUAACCAUACUGUACAUGAGAAUUUUUAUCUUCCAACAUAGGUGUGUGUUCUUGAAAUGAUUUCCAUACCAGAUUAGAGGACCCAGAAAUAAAUACCGAUACAAGUCUCUGCCUUCAUAGGAGGGAAAAAAAAAAAAAAAAAAAAGAUUUUUCAGAUCAGAACUGCAGCAGCCAUUAUGUUACUGUACAUACAGAGUAGACCCAAACCUUGUCAAAGUUGAGGAGUAGACAAAAGACAAGAAAAGCCCAAUUUUUUUCCCCAGUCCACUCCCCACCAAAUCUAACUAUGACCACUUCUAUGAAAAGAGUCGGAUGCUGACCUGGAUCCUAAAGACACCUAGGUUUCAGUGACACCAGAAAAAAAAAAAACAACCCUGGAUAUACAGCUGCUUGUCGAGAUCUGUGUCUAUGUUAGCUGUGAAACUGUUUCAUAGAAAAAUAAAAUAUCUACAAAUAUCAUGUUCUCUCUGCUAUACCACUGCUAAUUUACUGAUGGCAUGUCUUACCCACUAAUUGGAAUUAUGUAACUCCUAGGAUUCUCCACCCUCACUCAGAAACAAGCUUUUCUCCCUUAACACAGAACUGUCUUUAGCUGUCUUCCUUUAAAUUAAGUAACUGUGGGUUUUUGUAGGAGACACAUCAACAAGAUUAUCAUCAUGUGAUUCUUAAUUGGAAGAACACACCCAAAUCUCUUAGAAAGCAGACAGACACAAUCAGGCUAAACUUAGUUCCUCUUAUACAACUGCUUUCUGAUUUAACUGUUUUGGUUUUGUUUUGUUUUGGUUUUUUUUCAAUAAAAAACAAUAACAUUCUCAUGUUCUAAAAUAUAAGUUGAAACUGAGGACCACUAAAGCAUAAUAUGUCAAGAGUUUUUCCCUCUCCUUUGGUAAGUGAGAUUUAUCCCACUCUUUGCCUUGGUUUUCCCGUAACCUUUGUUUUAUGACAAGACCUUAGUUUGAUAAUGAUGUUAGAAUUUGUCACACUUUUUCUCCUUUAAAGCCAUUUGUGUGUAUAUCACUUGAAACACUUAAACCAAAAUUCAAGGCAGAAGACUAUCUUCCAUGUAAUUUGUAUAGCUUCUGGGAUAAAAUAAUCAGAUUUCAUAAACAGUUCUAAUUUAAAUAUAUGUGUUUUGUAAAUGUUAUUUUCCUUUCUAAUAUAUUUUGCUAGGAGCUGGAAUUCAAAGUUAGCAAAUUUAAUUUCCAUGCAACUAUGAGUUGAAACAAAAGAUGAAAAAUAAAAUUCUUAAAAUUAUUCAGCUGAAAAAAACUGUUUCUAGUCCACUAUUCUUUAAAAGUUCACUAUUAAUCUUGUGAAAGAAAAGUCAGUGAUAACGUAUGGUUUUCAAAAAAUCCUUACCAACGUCCCUAAUAUUACCACUGAUUCUGUGAGCUGGGGUUGUAAUUCUGUUUCACUGCACUGCCUUGAAAAGUCUGACAACCCAGAAAUAUCUCCUAUGGAACUGUGUUUUAUUUGUUUUAAAUCAUCUCAUUAGUGAAACACAAAUAAAAUGUAAACCAGCA